UCUUCUUCUUCUUUGCUUCAUUCAAGUCUCUGCUUUGCUUCUCUGUUUCUAAAGCUUUUAUCUGCAUAUUUGUCUUCCGUGGAAAAUACCUAAUAAGAAAAGAGAGUCCUUACUCUCGAGCUAUUGUUACUGUUUUCUCAGAUAAUAUCAAACUUUCAAGAACCAGAGGAGUUGUUGCAGAUCUAGUGAGAUAAUUUUAAUUAUUUCAAGGAAAAAAUGAGUAAAGAAGAGUUUAUGAAGAUCCAGACUUGUGUUCUUAAAGUGAACAUUCACUGUGAUGGUUGUAAGCAAAAAGUGAAGAAAAUCUUGCAGAAAAUUGAAGGUGUUUUCACAACUAAGAUAGAUGCUGAGCAAGGGAAAGUGACUGUGUCUGGAAACGUAGACCCCUCUGUUCUUAUCAAGAAGCUCUUGAAAUCUGGUAAACAUGCCGAAAUCUGGGGAGCUCCAAAGGGAAAUAACACCGUUCAGAACCAACCCAACUUGGCCAAUCAGUUCAAAGGCAUGCAGAUUGACCUCGGCGGCAAAGGCGGUGGUGGUAAUGGCGGUGGAAACAACAACAAAGGCCAGAAGGGUGGUGGUGGUGGACAGCCACCUAAGAUGGGUGGAGGUGUUGGGCCGCCAAUGAAGAUGGGCAGUGGCGGAGGAGGUGGUGGGCCGCCAAUGAAGAUGGGUGGUGGUGGUGGUGGUGGUGGUGGUGGAGGAGGAGGCGGUGGUGCGCCGUCAAUGAAAAUGGGUGGUGAUGGGCCGCCAAUGAAAAUGGGUGGUGGUGGGCCGCCAAUGAAGAUGGGUCUUCCACAGUUAACUCCACAACAGAUGCAGCAGCUGAAUCCUCAGCAACUGCAGCAGCUUCAACAGCUUCAGCAGAUGAAAGGGUUUCAAGAUAUGAAGCUUCCUCCUCAGAUGAAGGGUCCAGGCCCUGGCUCUGUUCCUGUGAACAAGAAUCCUAAUCAGAAGGCUGUGAAGUUUGACGUUCCUGAAGAUGAUGAUGACGAUUUCAGUGAUGACGAGUUCGAUGAUGAUGAGUUUGAUGAAGAUGACGAGUUUGAUGAUGAUGAUUUGGAGGAUGAUGAGUUUGACGAUCACCCUCCUCCGCCUAACAAGAUGAAGCCUAUGAUGGGUGGACCUGGUGGAAACAUGAUGAUGCCUAAUAACAUGAUGCCUAACAACAUGAUGCCUAACAUGAUGAUGCCUAACGCUCAACAGAUGUUAAACGCUCACAAAAACGGCGGUGGUCCUGUACCUGCCGGUGGUAAGAUUGUGGGCCCUGGUGGUUCCCCUUUUCCUGUGCAAAUGCCUAGCGGAGGAGGCAACGGUGGUAAGAAGGGAGGUCCCGGUGGAGGUGGUGGCGGUAAUGUGGGGAAUCCAAAUCAAAACGGAGGCAAGAACGGUGGUGGCGGUGGUAAAAGCGGUGGUGGUGGUAGUGGACAGUUUGAUGGAAAAAAUGGGGGAGGUGGUGGUGGUCCUACCGGUAAUAAAGGUGGUGGCGGAGGCCAGAUGAUCGGUGGUCCCAACGGAGGCAAAAAGGGUGGUGGUGGCGGCGGAGGAGGACCCAUGAGUGGAGGACUCCCACCGGGUUUCCGUCCAAUGGGAGGCGGCGGUGGACCUCCGACGAUGAGUAUGCCAAUGGGUGGACCAAUGGGUGGUCCAAUGGGCAAUGUACCAUCAAUGGGUGGUGGUGGUCCUGGUCCAAUGGGUAAUAAUAAUAUGCAGGCGGUUCAAGGAUUACCCGCAAUGGGUCCAGGAGGUGGCGGCGGCCCAUCCGUAGGAGCCCCGCCAGGAUAUUUCCAAGGCCAUGGAAGCAACGGUGGUGGCCAAGACUCAGUGCCAGGAAAUCCCUACUUGCAACAGCAGCAACAACAACAACAACAACAAUACUUAGCGGCUGUAAUGAACCAGCAACGAGCCAUGGGCAACGAGCGGUUCCAACCAAUGAUGUACGCUCGACCACCUCCCGCUGUCAACUACUUGCCACCUGAACCGCAACAACAACAUCCGUACCCGUAUCCAUAUCCAUACCCAUACUCGUAUCCGCCUCAUGGUGGUGAUCAGUAUUCGCAUUACUUCAAUGAUGAAAACACAUCAAGCUGCAACAUUAUGUGAGCAAGCAACAUCACAAGCUGCCAUAGUUUGUGUAUUCGUCCGGUAUGUGAUUAUACAUGGAAGUGGGGUUUUUUUUCUUAAUGGUUGGGGGUUCUUACAGUCCUUUUUACUCCAACGGAUUCAAUCCUAAGUUAUAUUAGGGUUUUUCCUUUUUAAAAAUUUGUGAUAGUUCUUAAGUAACUUAUAGAAUCAUAAUAUAUAAUCAACCGAGUAUUAUAUUUUGCAGUUUUUUUUCUUUGAGUUCUCUUACCUUCUUAACGAGAUCCUAGUUCAUAUGCUGUCUAGAUGUUUUAGAAAAGGUAAAUAAAGCCAUAAUGGAAUGAGUUUUUUAUAUGAAGUGAC